AUGCCUAGACAACUCUCCCACAACCACUAUGCAAACAACAACAAUAUGCACCCGCACCAUCAUCACAGUAGUCAUCAUUCAUCAUCCAAUUCGUCCGUUCAUUCUGCUUCUCCUACUCCUAUGGAUGAACCUGCUAGAAUGGCAUCUCCAUUCGUGGUUCAACACCGAUUCGCUGAUCCACAGUCUGCUCCUCCAUACGAGUACGAAGGAGAUGACUCGGAGGGUGUCCCUAACGGAACAAAUGUCCAUUCACAAAAGCUCAAAACACACUAUGAAGAGUUAUCCGAAUCGCCAACACCACCCAGUAUAGCAAUCCACUACAAGACUCGAUGGUGUCGGUCAAUCCGAGAAAAUGGGUUUUGCAAAUACGGAGACGCAUGCUCGUUCGCCCACGCUGAAUCAGAACUACGAGCAUUCGGUGGUAAAGAUAGUAUUUUUGGUAGACAGUUUGCUGAUUUAGAUGAUCAAGCUGUCCAAGCAUUUUUGGAAAAAAAGAGAUUAAAACGGGGGAUGAUGGAUGCUGAUCGUGAUAUCACUUCACAUCCAUUAUACAAGACUAGAAUGUGUAGUAAAAUUGAUAGAGCUGAAGGUUGUGAUCUCGGUGAUGCAUGUCGAUACGCACAUAGUACGAGUGAAUUAAGACCACUGCCACCAUCAUCAAUGAUGGGUGAUGACCAUCGACAAACGAACUCCUCACCAUGGUAUGGCCACUCCUCAGUCCCAUCACCAAUAUCAAAUGGAUCACCGCCACUAGCUCCACAUCCAAACCCAUCCAUGCCACCAUCUCUACUCAACGGAAGCCUCCUAUCAUCCCCAGUCUUGUUGUCAUCCUCAUCAUCAUCAGCCUUCCCAACUCCACCACGCAGUGUCCAGCAAUUAUCAAGUAGUGCUAGUAACAGCAGUAGUGGUAACAGCAGCAGUUCGAGUAGAAUGCAUCCAGAUGUAUAUCAUCCAGCAACAUACAAGACUCAAUUAUGUCCUGAUCAUGAUACAGUCACUGGAUGUCCACUGGGUAAACGAUGCAUGCUGGCUCAUGGCAUUAAAGAUUUACGUCGAGAUCCUACUGUUGUGCAAUAUUCGGGAAAGAAGUGUACGGAAUAUACUAUGAAUGGAAGUUGUAUUCGUGGAGAUUUGUGUGGGAUGGCUCAUGGGGAUAAUGAAAGGACAUACCAUCCUGACAACUACAAGACAAAGAUAUGUAUGCGAGGUGUCGAUUGCGAGAAAUGGAGAUACGGAACCUGUCCAUACAUUCAUAAGGAGGACUCCUAUCUUGAUAAUCCCAAACACCUAUCGUCAGUAUCUGCCGUAGCAUCGACACCACCGACAACUCCUCCACCAGUCGGGCAAUCAUCUGUAAAAGCCAUUCUCAGAACAUUGGGACUAGAGAAAUACGAAUCCGUCUUUACCGAAAACGAAAUCGACGCCGAAGCAUUCAGUCUCUUGAACAAAGAUGCAUUAAAAGAUUUAGGCAUUCCAUAUGGGCCGUCAUUGAAAAUCCUCAAUUAUGUCCGAGGUGUAGGAAUCAAUCCACAGGAUGUACAGCAAUCAUCAGCGUCGUCAUUAGGUCUUAUUGGUCUUGGAGGACCAUUAUCAGCACCACUGCCAACCUUAUCCCAUUCGGCCUCAACUCUGUCAUUAAACGGACUGUCGAGUUUGAGUGGACCAGUAGGACAGGCUCGAGAUAGUAGUAGUUUAAGAGCUUCGCUAUCCAGCAGCAAUCUACUGGCUCUAUCAGAUUCUAUUUGGUCUCCUACAUCACUGCAUAGUGACGUCGGAGUAGGACGUGGUGGUGACUCUGUUAAUACGCUAAAGGGUAUUGAGGCAGGAAUUGCUGGCUUGAACCUCUAA